AUGAAGAUCUCGACUCUAUGGGCGGCAGCCUUUUUGCUGUCAAACUCUGCCGUUUCAGCCAUUGGUAUUAACGACUAUCCUGGUUGCGCAUUGCAAUGUAUCGCUAAGAACAUUGUUGAGACUGGCUGUGGCCUUAUGGACUUCAAAUGCAGUUGCAAGAACAAGCAGUUCUUGGUUGCGAGUGGGAAAUGUAUUUUUAAAAGCUGCAGCAUUGGAGAGGCUCUCAAAGCUUCUGGGGUUUCCGUUGGUAUCUGCGCCGCUGCUGGCUUGGGCAUCACUAUCCCCAAUCUGCCACAGCCUCCUUCUCAGACUACAGUUGGCCCAACUACCAUUGAUAGCACUAUCGACUGUGAUACCACUACCACAGAACCUCCUGUAACUACCGGACCUGGUGAGACAUAUCCUGGGGGCGACACAACUACCGCGGAGCCAACAUCUGACUGUGAGGAGACCGAUGGACCACCUACUACUACAGAGCCCCCGGCAAACACGUCAGAGCCUCCCCCACAGACAACAGACUGUGAGGAGGAAACUUCCACGGAGGCGCCUCCUACGACAGAAGGUCCCACUACUGUCGAACCUACUACAGCGCCUACUACUACGGAAGACUGCACGGAAGAACCCUCGGAGACAGAGAACCCACCAGAGCCUACAACUACUGAGGAUUGUGAUAGUGAAACUUCAGAGCCUCCUGCACCUACAUCGACGGAGCCUCCAACUACCACUGAAGAUUGCACUGAAGAACCGACCACUGAACCGACCACUGCACCCCCAGAGCCAACCACCACUGAGGAUUGUACUGAUGAGCCCACUACUGAGCCCACUACAGCACCCCCAGAGCCAACUACUACUACUGAUGAACCUACCACCACUGAGGACUGUACUGAGGAGCCCACGACUGAACCCACCACAGCGCCUCCAGAGCCAACCACCACGGAGGACUGCACUGAGGAACCAACUACAGAGCCAACCACAGCACCCCCAGAGCCAACCACUACAGAAGAGCCCACUACCACUGAUGAUUGCACUGAGGAGCCUACCAAUGAACCAACUACUGCUCCUCCAGAACCCACAACAACUGAUGAUUGCACUGAUGAGCCAACAGUAGAACCCACCACCGCUCCUCUAGAGCCGACUACCACAGAUGAUUGUACUGAGGAGCCCCAGCCAACUACUACUCCCCCAAUCACUACUGAUGACUGCACUGAAGAGCCUGAGCCGACUACUGCUCCUUCAGCUACUACCGACGACUGCACCGAAGAGCCUGAGCCAACUACUGCUCCUCCCGAGCCAACCACGGAUGAUUGCACCGAAGAGCCCUCGACUCAACCUCCAGUCCCUACGACCACAGAUGACUGUACGGAUGAGCCGGAGCCAACUACCCAGCCACCUGCUCCCACCACGGAUGAUUGCACAGAUGAGCCAGAGCCUACCCAACCGCCAGCUACUACUGAGGACUGUGAGGAGCCAGAGCCAACUGAGCAGCCAACUCCUACUGAAACCGACUGCGAGGAGCCGGAGCCAACCCCUACCGAGACUGGCUGCGAAGAAGAGCCGACCCCAGGCCCUACUGAAGAGCCAACUCCCACUUCUCCACCCGAACAGACUACUGACUGCGAAGAGGAACCCCCAGCAGAAACCGAUGACUGCGAGGAAACCACUUUCGUGACCUCGGUUGCCCCUUCCCCAACCGUCCCCGCUCCUCCACCAGUACAAACCGGUGCCGCAUCCAGCUGGAGACAUGCCAGUGCUUCUCUCUACUCUCUCAUCGUAUUCGUCCUUGGAAUGCUGCUUUUGUAA